CUCUUUCCUUAUCUUUAUUACGUAACCCAACAGCUUACGUGAAGUAUCACCUAUUAUUUAACCUUCUUUUCCCCCCUAUUUCACUCUCGACUGUGAAAACCAAAAUGUCAUUUGUUAGAUUCUAACAAACAAGUAGUUGAUUAACAGCCGCACGGGCAAGGGCCACAACCCCAUGAAUCAGGGGAGAUCAGCAUAUUCCGAAGAACCAUUCAAUUUUUUAAGAGAGAGAGAGAGAGAGAGAGAUUCUAGCUUAUCUCUCUCACUUCUGCUCUCUUUCUGUCCAACUAUAUCAGUUGCGCACUAAAAGUAUAAGUCUGUCUCACAAUCACAUAACUUGUACUAUAUACUAUGGUAGCUCUUGCUUCCUUUACUCUGCUUCCUCGUCCUCAUCUCUCCUGUGACCAUAUUCCCAAUACCUAUUCGAAGAAAACACUAAUUUACAGACCAAUUAACCUUAAAAAUUUGGCUUCUAGUUCUACCACUCUUCCUCGGAUGUCUGUUUCAUCAAAUUUGCAACAAGUUGAUGGCAAAUAUUCUCUUCCUUCUCUUAAAGCCAUUCUGUUUGAUAUUGACGGGACAUUGUGUGAUUCAGAUCCUAUCCAUUAUUACGCUUUUCGUGAAAUGCUUCAAGAGGUAGGUUUCAAUGGUGGUAUUACUAUAACUGAGGAAUUCUUUGUUAAUAAUAUUAGUGGCAUGCAUAAUGAGGAGUUAUGCAGAGUUCUCUUGCCUGAUUGGGAUCUCCAAAGAGCAAGGAAAUUUAUGGAAGAUAAGGAAGACUUGUUCCGAAGAUUGGCAGCCGAACAGUUAAAGCCAGUUCAGGGCUUAGAGAACUUGUGCAAAUGGAUCGAAGAACGCGGCUUAAAACGCGCAGCGGUGACGAACGCUCCAAGGCCAAAUGCCGAGCUCAUAAUUUCAAUACUAGACCUUACAAAUUUCUUCGAAAUUCUCGUCAUUGGAAACGAAUGCGAUCGAGCAAAACCAUUUCCUGACCCAUAUCUAAAGGCCCUCCAAGCACUUGAAGUGUCACAAGAGCACGUUUUCGUAUUGGAGGAUUCUGUUUCAGGAGUGAAAGCUGGAGUAGCAGCCGGGAUGCCAGUGGUGGGUUUAGGCACCAGAAACCCUGAAAACUUACUCCUAGAUGCUGGAGCCUCCUUUGUUAUCAAAGAUUUUGAUGACCCAAAACUGUGGACUGCGUUGGAUAACAUUUGAGAGAAGCAAGAGUUUCGGAAACUUGAAACAACAGUAAAAAUUGGUUUAGCAUAGGAAUUGGAAAAUUGGGAGACAGUU